AUGGACGUUCAUGGCUAUAGAUUAAGUUUCAUAACAGAUAAUUUAUUUUUAUUUUAACCUUAUAAUAAGGAAGAAAUAUGGAUUUACAAAUUUUCAAAUGAUCUAUUUACAAAAGCAAAUACUUUUCAUGCAAAAAGUGACUGUGAAGAUUUUGGAACCUCAUUUCCUCAACAAUUCAUUAAAUCAAAAAACAUCAUUUUAGCUAAAAAUGGUAACUACAUUCAUUUGAUUAAAUUUGACAUUUAAGAUAAUUUCGAGGUCCAUUAAUCAAUAAAUUUUGAAGAUUAAUGUAUUUAUGGGUAAUUAAGCAAUAAUGGGCAGUGUUUGAUAACUUGGGACAGAAAAUCCAAUUUUAUUUAAGUCAGGUUAUACGAGAAAUAAUGA